CCAAAAGGGUAUGUAGCAAUGUGAUGAACCAUUAUAAGUCACUAAGUCAGGCUCCAACCAAAUCUUUUCUUCUCCCUCCUCCACCGCAACCCUUUUGAGCCAUUUACAGUGUCUAAUAAUCUCUCAACAGACAAUGGGUGCGGGGCGUGAAAUGUUAAUCUCCUUGGACAAUGUAAGGGACAAGAACAUGAUGCAACUGAAGAAGAUCAACACUGCACUAUUCCCAAUUCGUUACAAUGAUAAAUACUACUCUGAUGCGCUCGCCUCUGCUGAUUUCACCAAGCUAGCAUAUUAUAGUGACAUUUGUGUCGGUUCAAUUGCGUGUCGACUUGAGAAGAAGGAAGAUGGAGCUGUUUGUGUUUAUAUAAUGACUCUGGGUGUCUUAGCUCCAUAUCGUGGUCUAGGUAUUGGUACAAAGCUGUCAAAUCAUGUUCUUGAUCUUAGUACAAAGCAGAAUAGCAGAGAGAUUUACUUGCAUGUGCAGACAAGUAAUGAAGAUGCCAUCAACUUCUAUAAGAAAUUUGGCUUUGAGGUCACUGAUACCAUCAAAAACUAUUACACAAACAUUACCCCACCAGACUGUUAUGUCCUAACCAAGUUUAUCUCUCAAACAAAGAAAUGAGGCUUGACAUAGUUUUGAGCAAGUGGUGUUAACGGUUAAAGAUGUAGGAGAGUUCAUGGUGAGACAGAAUUCUGUUAUUGUUUAAGUCGUGAUUGAUCCGACAAUAAGCUUCAUAGGUAAUAAUUGGCUUAAGAGAUAUCCUUUGACUGCUAUCAGGUAUUGUAGAUUAGUUGUACCGAAAGCUGAUCUGGGAUGGAAAUGUCAUCAUGGUGAGGAGGAAGAAAUGAAUGCUGAUAUGUGAUACGUCUAUUCCUGUCGUCAAUGACAUAAAAGCACAAAAACUGGCGAAAUACUGAUGUUUGAUGCAUUAUCAGAAUAAAUAUUUGCUUGUUACAUUCUAUAAAAUGUACAAGUUUCUAUA